AUGGGUUCGAGCGAGAAUCUAAAACUUCGUCUGCACACUUCCUGUUCUCGUGACAGCUUCUCCUUCUUCUUCUUCUUCUUCUUCUUCUUCUUCUUCUUCUUCUUCUUCUUUCAAACUGCUUCCUGGAACUCGCCUGCUAACUUCUGUUGUUUCCGCCUGCCCGCAAUAACACCUCACAUCUACGAUGCACUGUUCAGAUCGGUUAUCAGCGAGCAAAUCGCACCGCGACUAGAGAACCUUCAUCUGCGUCUAUGA